UGUACCAAAUAGAAUGGAUGUAACACCACGAAAAGCAGAAGAGGAUGAAAUACCCUCUCAGGAAAAGAAGACUGAAAGUAUUUUCUCAGAAACGUCCAAAGACUUGAAUGUCUCAACUGAGAAGGAUCAAGUCAAUAAACAAGAUUCUUCUAAAGAAUUUACCGCCAACAAAACCAAGGGUCUAUUUGAUUCCGGAAGCGAGUCGGACAAUGAUUUGUUCAGCUCUUCCCAAGCUAAGUCUAAAAAGAUAAAAAAAUUGUUCGAUGAUGAAUCGAGCGAUGAAGAUUUGUUUUCGACUGCUAGCAGCUCUAGUAUUACGAAAACGAAAGAGUCUGUGUUCAAGUCCUCCAAUAAGACAAUUCAUAAACCAGCAUCUGUAAAAAAACUUGAAAAUAUUCAGACUUCUGAAGAUCCUUUAUCUAACUUAUUCUGAAAGGUCGUCGCGGUGGUACGAAUUUUCUUCCUCAUUCGAGAGGUGUAUUAUUUCUAUAGAGUUGUUCAUAUAUGAAAACUCAUUAAUAUAGUGCACACUUGCAAACCGCGGACAUGUGUUUCUGGCCAUUAGCCUCAUCAGCGUGAUGCAGCAAAGUGCAUAGAUGGGCAACACCUGGUUUCCGGAAACAGAAAACAACACUAUGAAUGAAGUCAACAUCAGGAGCCUACGUGGACAUGUUAGUUGUUUCCUACGAAUGCUAGGUCUUUUUUUUCAAUAGUAACGAUUUAUUUUCCCAAGAAACAUACAUUUAUUUGCUAUGUAUAAAUGUGUUUGACAUUCUAUUUUAUAUAGACAAGAUUUUAGCUACUACUUUUAUACUACUGUUGUUUGUCAACAAGAACUUUUUCUUGAGACAAUAAACUUAUUUCUCUCUCUCUCUUUCUUUCUCAUGUUUAUAGUAGGAGCAAGAAAACAAUAAUUCAAAAUUUUAACAUAACUGGGAACGAACAGAGCACCAAAAAAAAAAGAAUAUCUUGACAUAUGGUUGUGUUGGUCACCAA